AUGAAGAAGGUGGCCCGGGUCAUUGAGAAGUAUUACACGUGUCUGGGCUACGACUUCCACACGAACAAGCGCGUGUGCGAGAUCGCCAUCAUUCCCAGCAAGAAGUUCUGCAACAAGAUAGCAGGCUAUGUCACGCAUCUCAUGAAAUGCAUUCAGAGAGGCCCUGUGAGAGGCAUCGCCAUCAAGCUGCAGGAGGAGGAGCGAGAAAGGAGAGAUAAUUCUGUUCCUGAGGUCUCAGCCCUGGGUCAGGAAAUCAUUGAAGUGGAUCCUGACACUGAGGAAAUGCUGAAGCUUUUGGACUUUGGCAGCCUGUCUAACCUGCAGGCCAGGCAGCUACAGUUGGAAUGA